AUGGUUACCGUCGAUACACCUCCUCUCUCCAUCACUAUCGAUUCUCCAACAUCUUCAGCAGAAUCAUGGGACAGCAAUUCGAUGCACCCCUCGCCAUUAGCUUCACAUCCUUUUCGGAUUCCCACACCAAGCUUUACUGACCUCGACAUUCCAUCCGAACUGCAGUGUGCGCCGCGUCUUUUUUCAGACUCCAACUUUUCUGGCACCCGCACAAGUUAUCUCGGGGGUGACUUACACGAUACCUUUGGCUUUGCCGACAAUAUGCGCCGCCGUCGCAGCCGCGAUGAUGUGGCUGCUCUGAUAGAGUUCCUGCGCAGUAAUGAGCCGCCUGCCAGCAACUUCAUGGCCCAGCCAUACAGCAACAAGGAAGAGGGAGAACGUGGCAGAUGGGUCAAGCUCAAUGUCAUGGGCAAGAGGAGAAGCAAGUCCAUGAGCAGAACACUACCACCUAUUCGACUGCCCGAUUCUGCUGUGGCUGGUGUCACUACGGGUGGUCAUCGCCAUAUUGCCAUUUCUAUUCCUCUCGAGGCCUCCCACUUUGGCGACACUCCCAGGUCCCAGUACCCCGUCUUUGAUAAAGACACUCAGCCGCCUGUCCCGCCACUGCCCGAGUCGGUCCGUACUUACAAAAAUGACAAAGGCGUCGUGACAGUCCUUCGGCCCCUUUCGCCGAGCCAUAAUGCGAGCACCAUUGCAGCAAGCCCGGCUUCGCCUCGUCGUUUUGACAGAGAUUAUCCUCCGCAGCUGCUACGAAAUCGCCGGAUGAUGCCUCCAUCUCCGCCACCAUCGUCUUCUCCGCCGUCGUCUCCUUUUGAUACCGAUCAUUGGCCUCUAGCUCCCACCGAGCCAGAGGCGUCGUGUGUUGGCCAGCAGUCCACAGCUUUUAACGAUACCCACGAAGAGACUCAGUCAAGGGUCGCCCCGCAAUUCGUCCGUGCAGCAUAUCCUUCGCGCGGUUCAAGCAUGGCUGCCUCCCCACGCAUCAAGCAUCAUCACACCUCGUCCAUUGACGAGAUUAUUGCGGAAGAAGAACCUUAUAACAGAAAUCCCUCGCCCAUGCCCUGCGAAGGUCUUGUAUAUCGCAGCACCGACCGACGCAUGGGACGCCCGCCGGUAUCUUUGGCAACAUCGACUUUGUCACGAAAGUCGACAUCCAACUUGCGAUCAGAAUGGCAGGCUGAACAUGGGAGACCGGCAAGGGCGUCAAAGGCCACACAAGUCAUAAGCAGCCCCGUCAGCGAUCGCGGCACGUCUCCCUCACCGCCUGCGAGCAUUCUCUCUGUUAAAAGCCGUCGCGAAAAGGUGCGCGACAAGAAAUUUCGGGAUCUUGCGGCAUUACGAAGCUCUAAAACGGGUAACUCGUCGAUUACAACUGCCAAGGGCAGUGAUCCGUCAAAUGCCUCUUUAACCAAGGAUAAGUCUGUUCCUGCGGUCAAUGACCAAACUGAACCAAAACUUUCCACAAUCAUGGUCGUCGUCGACAUGAAUCCAGCCGAUGAGGCAGCCGACCAGGUACAUGUAAUCCCUCCCACAGACGAUCACGGACCCGUCGUUGAGUUGCGGCCAGAGUCUGCCGCCACAACGCCCCCAACGCCACCUUCAUCGACCGAGACGUCGCCCUUGCAGAAACACGGCUUCGACACGACGCGCACAUCUCUGACUCGCCGCCGCGAGUGGCAGACCAGCCGCGAGCAGGAGCGCAAGCAGCGCGAGUCCAACGCCGCCGUCAAGAUGCAGCUCCGACAGCGCAGCACAUCUAACCCCCACGAGGUCGUGCCCAUCACCGACCCCGAGCGCGAGAUUCUGUACCUCUACGAGGCCUAUCGCGAGCAGCGCCUCCGCGAAAUGGAGAGCCGUGUCCGCCGUCUCGAGCGCAACGGCGACCUCUGGCUGCGCGCCCUCCACCCCAUGCUAGAGGACGUCCGUAGCAGUAGCAGCGGCCUCCACGACGACAAUGUUCGGGACUGGGCCUCGGACGACGGCGGCGCCGGCGCAGGCGCCACCACCAGCAUUGACCGCCUCACACGCGCCUCGCAGCGUCGCAGGCUCAUUCGCCGCGCAAGCCUCUCCCGCGAGCGCAUGCUCGAGGAGAUGGUGCGCCGGGAGGAGCGCGACACGCUGGAACACGAAGGCCAGCACCCCGACGUCAGCGGCAUGAGCGCCAUCGAGCCGCUGAUGCGUGAGCUCGCCGGCGGUGUCGGUGAGUGCGGCGGCGGCGGCAAGCAGCCGGAGAGGAGUGCGCUGCCGCCGAGGACGCAUUCCUUGCCGGCGGCAACGCGCCAGUUAUCGGGGGAUGUGCCGCCGAUGCCGCUGCGCCCUCGACCUGUGGGUAGCAGCGUGAGGGUGUAA